UUCGGUCCGGAUCCGGCGGUUCGAUCCCGGACCGAAUCGGGCCCUUCUGGAGUGCCCCUCUGGAUUGAGUGUCUGGAGUGUCCCUUUAAAGUUUCAAGUGUGUCCUCCAUUUUGUGUCUCCUUCCUGAAACUUUUGCUCCUCCUUGCAUCCAUUUUGUGAUGCUAUUUCCAGGCAUUGUAUUGGCUGCGCUAUUGAUCCUUGAUUGGCCAGAAUGAGUCCUUUGGUCUGGUAGGCUGCUUGGCUGUUGCACUGUUGAGAGCUGGCACCCUGUUGGCCGUGGGGGGAGUGCAAAGGUGGGGGCUCCCAAAGGAGGGAAUUUCAAACCUAUAUAAACCCAAGCCUCUUCUCUGGAAACUUCUCUUGGCUGCAGUUGUGGGAUCAUCUCUGAGACCUGCUUGCCCUUUGCUGGCUGCUCUGGUGUCUCUGUGAGUCCUGACUGUGUCCUGUGUCUCUCUGUGUGUGCUCUAAUCCUUUGUCCACCUGCCCUUUGUGACUCUCUGUGUGUCUCCUCUCUCUGUCUGUCUCUUGUCUGUAUACUGUGUGUUACUUCACUUUACUUUCUUCUUAAUUUCCCCCAAUUUUCCCUGUUCCUUGUCUGUCUGCUUUUCUCCCCCCCUCCCCCCCUUUCCCUUCUCAUCCUUUGGGCCUACCCUCCCCCUCCCCCACUCCCACCCACUGCAUCCUCAUUGCUUUAAAAGUUCUUCCAUUAAUUAUUGCUCUUUGUCCUGCCUUGUUUUUGUUCAACUUUUUGAUUUUCACAUUGCAUUCCAUUGGUUUCAUUUAUAUAUUGCUUGCUGGUUUUGCUUAAAUUGUACCAUUUUGUUUGUUUCUGCUGCUGCCCUGCGAGUUGGUUCCCUGAAUCCCUCCCCCCCACCCCCAGAGGAUUCUGUUGUUGUUUCUUGUUGUCCCAUAUAAUCAGUUUUGGUUCCCUGCUCCCAACUUGCCCCUCCAAGUCCAAACCACACCCCACCCCAACCCCACCCCAUCCAGCCUUCUCCCAAAUUUGCUGCUGCCAAACAGAGUCCAGUUUUCUUUGCUUGCAGUUCCACUUAUUCAUUUGCUAUUAUUAAUUUGCAGCAAUUGUGGUUUCAUUGUCUCUGUUCACUUAGUGGCCCCCCUCAGAGUCUGUGUGUUUGGUUCCCCCUCCCACCCACGAGUUUCUUCUUCUUGGUGGUUUUUGGUUUAGAAAAAAAGAGUCUUUCUUUUCAUUUUUUUAAAACUUCUGGCUUGUGUUCUCUUGAUAUAUAUUUUGCUCCCCUCCUCCUCCUCCUCCCCCUGCCUGCCCCCCCACCCUCCCUCCUCCCAGACACUAGCCCAGGCCCAGCUCCUCCCCCCACCACCCCAUCCAGCCUUCGCUGCUGCUACCCAGAGUCCAGUUUUCUUUGCUUGCAGUCCCACUUAUUUAUUUGCUAUUAUUAAUUUGCACCAAUUGUGGUUUCAUUGUCUCUGUUCACUUAGUGGCCCCCCUCAGAGUCUGUGUUUGGUUCCCCCUCCCCACACCCCCAACCCCGAGUUUUUUCUGCUGGUUAGAGUCUUUCUUUUCAUUGUUUUUUUUUAAACUUCUGGCUUGUGUUCUCUUGAUAUAUAUUGCUUUAUAUAUUUUGCUCCCCUCCUCCUCCUCCCCCCUGCCUGCCCCCCCACCCUCCCUCCUCCCAGACCCUAGCCCAGGCCCAGCUCCUCCCCCAACCACCCCAUCCAGCCUAAUCGCUGCUGCUGCCCGAGUUGUUCCAGUUUCUCCUUUGCUGUUUGUUGUUGCCCCCUCCCCUUCCCCCCAACACCCCCCUGCCACACACUAGCCCCCAACCACACACACCCUCUCUGCUCCCCCCACCCCACCUCUUUUUCUCCUUGCCCCCGACUCUCUCUCCACUUACCCCAGGCCCCCUGCCACACACUAGCCCCCAACCACACACACCCUCUCUGCUCCCCCCACCUCUUUGGACUGCUGCUACUGCUGUGUCCUCCCCCCACACCUGAAUCCCCCCUCCCUGCUGCGCUGCGCUUCUCCUCUCUCCUCUUUCUCUCUAUCAUCUCUCUUUCUCCUCUCUCUCUCUUUCUUUUCUCUCUCUCUCCUCUCUUUCUCUUUGUCCCUGCCCCCCCUCUCUUUUCUCUCUCUCUUAGUCUUUUCUCUCUCUGCUCCCCUUCACUUUCCACCUCCUCUCCCACAGCUGCAGCCGCACACAGUAGCCUACCCACCUGGCGGCUGCCAUCGGUUUUUUUUUUUCUUUUGAUAGUUUUUGGUUGAUUUUGUCUCUGCUUGGGGGUGAGUUGAGCGACACAAAUAGUGUUGUCUCCUCACUUCUGCCCCUCCAUCGUUGAACUACCCCGGUUGCCUGUGUGCCUUGUGCGGCCGCCUUGCUGUGUCCCAGCCCAGGGUGGUUGGCUGGCGGCGGCGCAUCCGUGACCAGCAGUGAGCGGCAGGAGAAGGACCGGAAGAAGAGGGGUUCCCAAGCGUUGACUGCGUCCCUCCCCCACCCCCGGUAGGUGCUGUGCCCUCCCCCCAUCCACUCUCCCCCCCCAAAAAAGUUAAAAACUUGCCACCCACACCACAACUACUCCACCCAACUGCCUGUGCCACCCUCCGACACCAGGGGUCCACCCUUUAACCCCCUAUUUUUUAAAAAAUCCCUCCCAGGCCCAUCUCCCCAAUUGGCUUGGUGGUUGACUCCCAAAUUCUAAAAGGACACCCUCCCCCUCACUUCAAUUGGCUCCCCCCCCAUAUCAAAAAGUCUUCCUUUCCCCCCAAUUGGCUUCCUUUUUAAAAAACAAACUCCCCCCCCCCCGCCGUCUCCAAAUCAGCUGCCUUUUUUUUGGCCCCUAAGUAAGCCCCUCCAAAUUAUUUUUUUGACCCUGUCUGGCCUUCCUCCUAAAGUCUCCCUCCUUCUGACCUAGCAGCAUGUCUGAGCGCCGUGUGGCGGGCAGGGCUCGCUCAAGGCUGGCAGGCAGAGGUGGGAGAGGCCAGGUGCGGGGUGCGCCUGCGGCACGGGGAGGGAGAGGACGCGGGGAGCCUGAGGACACCCCAGUUCUCCCCAUUGGAGAAUUCUUCACUCCGGCCCCAUCUUUGGUGCGCAGGAUUCAGUUCCCCACGCCUGCUGCCGCCAAUCGCAGCAGAGGCACCGUUAGGGCUGUGGCGGGUCCCUCCUCGCCGGCGGCACCAGGUGCUGCUGAGGUACCGCCAGUUGUUGUGGUGGAGGAGACUGUGGAGUUGGAAGAGCAGGUAGAGGGCGGUGAGGACCGUGCGGCUGGCAGCAAUGCAGCCAGGUUCUCCCUCCCUCUGGGGCCCCUUCCCCCUAUCCUUUCGCCGCUCAGUGGGGCCCCCCCUCGUGAAGCCCGACACUCUGGUGGGGAGCGGUCUGGCGAGGUGGUGGAGGAGAGGCCUGCCUCUCUGAUGCCAGUUGAGCUGGGCCCUUCCUCUGCUGUGGAGGGCGGAAGGGGCGGGUUGGGUGGCAGCAGUGGGCAGGCAGCGGCGGCCGCCCCCCCCCAGGACUGCAGCCACCCCGCGAGAAACGGCCUAGGACGGCGCCCAGGGCGCAGGAGGCCAAGGGCAGUGGUGUAUGGGUGCAUUUUGAGGUCCCUCAAGAUGCCCCAUUCCACGCCCGCUGUGUCCACUGCAGGAUGCUUGUCAGCCAUGGAAGGGACCCUGCGCACCUGGGUACGACGCCUAUGUGGAGACACAUAGAGCGUCACCACCCAGGUCUCAGGGGACAGGCUGGCAGCGCUAGUGCGCCUUGUGCAUCUGCCACUAGGGCGGGCAGCGGCAGUGUGCCAGCCAGCAGGCAGGCUACACUGCCCGUCCAGCGGUGGACGCAGUCCUCGGGCAGCCAGCGUAUUGUUCGCGUGGACCAUCAUCACCUCACCCGCCUCAUAGGGGAGAUGAUUUCCACCGAUGACCAGCCGUUUCAGGUGGUCGAGAACAACGGCUUCCGCCGGAUUCUCCAAUACCUGGCUCCCGAAUACGUCAUCCCCUCAAGGACCACAUUCAGCCGGAACGUGGUCCCCUCCCUGUACCGCCGGUGCAGGGAGCUCGUGUCGGCUGAGCUGCGUGCAGCUCCGGCCGGGACAAGCGUGCAUUUCACGACUGACCUCUGGACCAGUGUCAGUGGGAUGCACGCUUCUUUCCUGGCCCUCAUUGCCCACUGGUGGGGACCGGAGAGUGAGGGGACCUCCGCGGGCGAUGCUUCCGGGUCCGGCGCGGCUCCCACUGCACUACGGCACAGGUGGGCCGUCCUGCACGUGGAGACGAUGGACACGAGGCACACCACGGAGGAGGUGGCGGCCGUACUCGACCGCCAGAUAGAGGAGUGGAUUGGCGGGUGUCCACACCUCUCCCGCGGCUUCAUUGUCACCGACAAUGGAGCCAACGUUACCGCCGCUGUCGAGACAGUCAUGGACUGUGUGAACAUACGGUGUAUGGCACACACGCUCCAUCUGACCGUCAGGGACGCCCUUGGCCUUAAGGAGCUGAAGGCGUCCCAGGAGAAGGGGGCCCGCCCCAUCCCAGCUGCUGUUGCUGCCACGGCCACGCUUGUGGAUAAGUCUCGCAAGCUGGCCGCCCACUUCCACCGCAGCGAGAAGUCCAGGAGACUGCUUCGCCAGAAGCAGGAUGACCUUGGCCUUCCUCGCCAUCUCAUCCCUACGGAUGUGGAGACACGGUGGAACUCCACCUUCCUCCUGUUCCAGCGCCUGUUGGAGCAGGAGAGAGCCCUUGUCGCCCUGGCGAGGGACGAGUCCUUGGAUGUCUGCGACUUCUCGAACGCAGAGUGGAAGCAGAUGUCCGAGGCGGUGUCGGCACUCGAGCCCUUCCAGCUUGCCACGAAGGGCUUGUGUGGCGACACCACUCCCUUGAGCCAGGCGCUGCCCACAGCUGUUGGUCUCGAGAAGCUGAUGGGUGGACUCCAUAUCUCUCUGACCACGCCAGAGGGUCGUGCUCUGGCUGGGAGGCUGAGGUCUGGGGUUGACAAGCGGCUCGUUGAUGUGCUGGGAGACAGGGAGGAGUAUGUCCUCGCUUGUCUCUGUCACCCAGCCCUCAAGGGCAAUGCCGUGAGUGCCGACGAAUUGCCCAGGUGGAGGGGCAUCCUGGUCGAGAAGGUUAGGGAGAAGGAGGCCGCUAGGGCCCGCAGAGACCAGGGUGUUGGUAGUGGUGUGGGGGCAGCCCUCGCGGCCCAACCCGCACCCAGCAGCAGCAUGGGCGGCCAGCCGGCGUCAGCUUCCCCUUCCCCUCCCUCUUCCCAGUCCAGCAGCGCGGCAUCCCAGGCGGCGCCAUCGCAGCAGCCACUUGCUACCGACUCAAGAUCCGCCCAGUGGUUUCAGCGGUUCUGCUAUGGCGCCAUGCCUGGUAUGCGGGAGGCUCGACCUGCCAGGCCCCCCUCCAGUGCUGAGCAAUGCGUUGCGCAGUACUUGGAGGAGCCUGUGGAGGGAGAUGGCGUGGACUGCGCACAGUUCUGGGCGAGCCGCCGCCAAGUCUGGCCAGACCUGGCGGUGGUGGCUGUGCGCCUCCUCUCCUGCCCCCCAACCAGUGUCCAGAGCGAGCGGGUGUUUUCACGUGCCGGGGACGUGGUGACACCCUCUCGCUCCCGCUUGGACCCUGGUCUGGUGGAGCAGCUGGUCUUCCUUAAGGUGAACCUCCCCCUGUUGGGCUACCCCAAGCUGGAGUUUGAGCCGGGCGAGUGAUUACCGUGGGUUGCCCCAUGGUUGGUCACCUGCCUGGCUCGACCUCUCUGCUUAUCCCUCCCCUCCCCCCUUCCACCUCUAGCUGAGCUGACGUGACAGAUGCUGAGCCGUGCCAGCCAGUCGCAGCGUGUAGUGUGCCCACACAGAGAUGCAGUUGUAGUAGUAGUUGUAGUGCUGCGACUGGCCAGAUGUUUACAAUGCCCACGCCCACCUAAAAAGAAACCCAAUGCUGACCAGCACAGGCCCUUUAUCUAUCCACCUGUCAGCAUUUGGGGACCUGGCGUGGGCACGGCACACCCCCCCCAAAGUAGCACAGCCCACAGAGUACUAGACUUAGCGGCAGCGGCGGGUAUACGUUCUAAAAUGCAGUGUAGAUAUGUAAAUACUGUAUGUAAAUAAACAUGUAAAUAAAUUUUUCUUUAAAAACCCCAUGUUAAAAUCAAGCCUCAAAAUUAUGCAAAAGAAAGGAAAAAAGGUGACAAAGGGAGAACAAAAUGAUGAAUGCCAAAUGAAUUGAUUUUAUUGAAAACGUUGCCAGAAAUCAUGUGUGGGGGGCUUGGUUUACAUGGAGAAAAUGAUUGGAUGAUUUUUUCUAAUGAAACGAAUGAAUUAUUAUCAUCUUAUGUUCAUCUUGAUUGUGGUCACUGUUGAUGUUGGCUGAUGGCAAAAAACCCAAAACCAUCAGAAUAGCAAUGAACUGGCUGCCAACACAACAUAUUGAUUGAUAACUGUGCAGGGGGGGAAUUGGGUCUGUGUGUGUGUGUGUGUGUGUGGUGCAGGCUCAGUCUGUCUCUUCCUGUUGUGUGUGUGUCUGUCUGUCUGUCUGUGUGAAUGGAUGCCUAGCACUGUCUCUGUGUGUGGAUGCUUUCUGUGUGUAGUGUGGUGUGUGUCUGUCUACAUGUUUUUUUCCUCCCCCCAAAUCCCUCCCCCCCAUGCCUCCCUCCAUCCUUCCCCUCUCAUCCUCUCCCCUUCCUCUUCACCACCUUCCAUCCUCCCUCCCUUCCAGCCCACCACCGCCUCACCUGCCCCCAACCCCGGUCUGGCAGAUGAUGAGAGUCUGGUCUCUCCCACCGAAGCACACACGUGAGCAUGUGUGUGCACAAAUAUGUGGCUGACCAACUCUGAGCCGGACCCUCCCCCCUUCAAUCCCCUCUACAUCCCUCUCCCCCUCCCCUUUCCUCCCCCCUGCCUCCCUCCCUCCCUCCCUCCCUCCCCCCUCCUAGCUAGCAGCGCACACAUACACACACAAAACACCUGUGGUGGCAAACACCACCAGCACACAUGCACUCACACUGGUGCCACCACCUCUGCCUUGGGCCUCUGUGUCCUUGAGCAAAUAUGUGGUGGUGGACCAGAGAAGCAUUUCUUUCCAGCAAGGCAAAAGGCAUGCACUCACUGCACACACACACACACACACACACACACACACACACACACACACACAGACACGAAGAGGUGAAAAGACGAGAAGAGGCAACUUCUAGAACCAGCAGCAGCAGGUGAGUGUCGUGUAAUUGUGUUGCUUCCCAAGGCCACUGCCCAUGCUCAAUGCUCAGUCUGCUGAAACUAAAGAACUAGCCACAAUCAUCCUUCCUCACACGCAGCUCAGCUCAGCUCAGCUGCACAGCACACCGACUAACUAGACACUACAGCUGGUGGUAGAAAAAACAGAAGUCUAGAUUCUAGAAGGUGUCCUGGUGGAUUUUAAACUUUCAAAUCUGUGCUAGGAUUGCCUCGCCCGCCUCCUCCUCCUCCUCCUGCCUGUAAUUGUGCCCUCUCCCCUUGCAGUUGCGCCGUCGUGAUGGGUUGGUGAUGUGCGUGCGCCGUCUACUUAGCUCUCUCCUCCUCAUGUUGGCUGGGCUUGCCAGGCACUGGCUGGCAGCAGCUGUUGGCUGUGUGCUAGGCUCAGGCUGUGGCACGCGUGACUGGACUGGGAAUGUUAUUGUAGCGGCAACACUGGUUGUGGUGGUAGCAGUAGUAGCUGUUGUUGUUGCUGGGCUGGUGGCUGCUGGCCUGUGCUGACUCUGCGCACUUGGUCUGGUCUGGUAAUUUGGAUGCAGAUGUAGGGUGUGUGUGCAUCAUCCAUGGGGAGCAGCAGAGCAGAGCAGGUUGGCUGGCUUCUGUCUGUCGGGCCUAGUCAGUGGCAGGCACUGAGUGAGGCGGUGGUUUCUUUGGGCAUCACAUCACCCAUCAUGCAGAGCGGCAGGUCUGCUGCUCUGCUGCUCCGCCUCCUGCUUCUUCUCUGUGUGUGCUGCUCUUGUGCUUAGUGUGCUGCUCCGCUGCUGCUGCUGUGCUGGCAGGCAGCACAGCAGUGGCUGGCCUUUUUGUUAGAUCAGAGAGUGGGU